AAGCUAUGGCAGACACGCCUCAGGCGGCACUGAAAGAAGCCAAGCGACAGAGCAACUUGAGUGUGAACCCAAAGUACACGGUCACGUGGCAUGGCUUCCUAAACAUAGGUGAAGUGGGGACGGCCAUGGUGGCCCUGGUGGCGGUCAUGCUGUCUUCCAACGAGACAACGGCUGCCGAGCUGAUGGUGGUGUCGUCGUUUGCCUACGGCUACGUCUCGAUCAUGAUGCUGGCGGGCGGCAUUGUGUCCCCUUACACGCAAGCACUGCUGCCGCUGUCGCUAUAUUUCCUGCUGUACCACCUCAUUGGCAGCGGCUUCCUCUUGCUCAGCGGCGGCUGGCUCAUGGGCAUGGCCAAUGGCGAAUUCCUCAUGCAGGUUGCGGCUGGCGCAGGAAUCGGCUGCGGGGUAAUGCACUUCCUGCACGGCCUGUACACCUUCGCGACGGUUUUCAACCAGCCAGAGUGACUGGUGACAUCGCUUAGACACCUCACGGGUUUAUUGAUAAAAUCUUGCUAAUGUACUCAAGGGUCAAG